AUGUCUUCAUAUGUCAUCACCGGAGCCUCAAAAGGCCUUGGCCUUGAAUUCGUGCGCCAACUCGCUACCAAUGACACCAACACAGUCCUGGCUGUUGUGCGAAAUACCGAAUCACCCGACAUAUUGGAGCUCGCCGCCAAUCACCCUAACUUGCACUUCAUCAAGGGCGACGUUACCGAUCCAAAGUCCAUUCUCGAUGCCGCCUCAGCCGUAGCCGCCAUCACCGGCGGUAAGCUAGAUGUGCUUAUCCACAACUCCAACGCCGUCGAUAUGGCCUCUAUGGGCUUCAACCCGACUCAGAUUCCCUUUGAUUCUCAAGCUACUAGGGCAAUCUUUGACCCUUCAUUCAGUACAGCUAUAUAUGGCGGGAUAUGGACCACGAAUGCCUUCCUACCCCUCGUUGAAAAAGGCAUCCAGAAGAAGAUCGUGCACAUUUCUACUGCCAUGGCAGAUACAAGCUUCAUCAACAAAAGUGGCGUUAGCUAUGCCGUCGCCUAUUCGGUCGCAAAAGCUGGCAUGAAUGUACAGGUCGCCAAGUACGCAGCAGAGCUUGCGCCCAAGGGUAUCAAGGUCUUGGCUCUGAGCCCUGGAUGGGUUGAUACAUGGGAUGGAGACAAGCCUCCCCAAGCAGUGGAAGCUGACAAUUUUAUGCUGAAGCAGUUUCAAGCAGCUGCACCUGAACUCAAAGGGCAGAUUCAACCAGAGGAGAGUGUUAGAAAGAGCCUCCAGGUGAUUGAUAAUAUGAAUGCCAAGACCAGUGGCUUGCUUCUGAGCCAUAAUGGAGAUCAGGAAAGAUGGUUCUAA